GCCUCCUCCUCGGGCCUGCGAGUUUUUCUCCAAACUCUCAUGCCUUCCCUGCACGCUUAUUCGGUUCCUUCCAGGUCUAACCCUGAAAGCCACCUCCAGGUUCGAGCCCACUUCCUCUAACAGCACCUACCUGCUUCAGGCAAGAUCCCCCCCUCCGCACUCCCGCCAGAGCGCUCGUUCCCUCGUGGGCCCGCCCCUUCGGGGGCGGAGCCGCGCCAGGUGCGGCCCCGGGGCGUGGCCGGGUUCCGGGAGCGCAGGUGCGGCUUCCGUGUCAAAAUGGCUGCCGCCUGUCGAUCUGCGGCUCGCCUCCUUCCUGGCCUCCUCUGCCGCUUGCCUGCCGGGGCCCAGCUGCUGCGCGUUGCCCUGUGUCUCCUAUGCUGGGUCCCGGCGGCUGUGGACGCAGUCCCUGAGCCCGGGCUUUGGACGAGGACUGUCAAUGACAAAUCAGGACCUUUGAUAUUCAGGAAAACUAUGUUUAAUUCUACUGAGAUCAAGUUUUCUGUGAAGUCGUUCAGUUGUUCUGGACCUGUGAAGUUUACCAUAGAGUGGCACUUGAAGUAUCACACCUGUCACAAUGAAUACCCUGAGCUGGAAGAGGAGCUGUCCCAAAGACAUGAACUUCAUGCUGAUGCAGACAUCUGCGCUUACUUCAAAAACAUUGACUGUUGGACAACAAGAAGUGAAAACUUAGAUUGCAGCAGUGAUUCACAGGCAUUUCCUUCAUUAAAUAAUAAAGAACUAACAGGUAUCAGAAACAUUUCAAGCCAAGAAGGAUCAACAGAUGUUGUAGCCAGGACCCAGAAAGAUGGCUUCCAUAUCUUCAUUGUUUCUAUUAAAACGGAGAAAACAGAUGCAGUCUGGGAUUUAAAUGUUUCUCUUUCUAUGGUGGGUCCUCAUGGGUACAUCUCUGCAUCAGACUGGCCUCUCAUGAUUUUUUACAUGGUGAUGUGUAUUGUUUACAUAUUAUAUGGUGUCCUCUGGCUGCUGUGGUCUGCCUGUUACUGGAAAGAUAUAUUAAGAAUCCAGUUCUGGAUUGCAGCUGUUAUUUUCCUAGGAAUGCUUGAAAAGGCAGUUUUUUAUAGUGAAUACCAGAACAUCAACAGCACUGGACUGUCAACCCAAGGUUUACUGAUAUUUGCAGAGUUGAUAUCUGCAGUUAAGAGGACAUUGGCUCGCCUGCUUGUGAUCAUUGUGAGCUUGGGUUAUGGCAUUGUGAAGCCUCGGUUAGGAACAGUGAUGCACCGGGUGAUUGGACUGGGACUGCUUUACUUGAUCUUUGCGGCCAUUGAAGGCGUCAUGAGAGUCAUUGGGGGCUCUAAACAUUUAGCUGUUGUUUUGACUGACAUUGUUUUAGCAGUUAUUGACUCCAUUUUUGUGUGGUUCAUUUUUAUAAGUUUGGCACAGACUAUGAAGACUCUAAGGCUAAGAAAGAACACAGUGAAAUUUUCAUUGUAUAGGCAUUUUACAAAUACACUCAUCUUUGCUGUGCUGGCUUCUAUAGUGUUUAUGGUGUGGACAACAAAGACCUUCAGGAUCGCAAAAUGCCAAUCAGACUGGAUGGAGUUGUGGGUUGAUGAUGCAUUUUGGAGCUUCCUCUUCUCACUCAUCCUAAUUGUGAUAAUGUUCUUAUGGAGGCCAUCAGCAAAUAAUCAGAGGUAUGCCUUCAUGCCCUUGAUAGAUGACUCUGAUGAUGAAGUUGAGGAAUUCAUGGUAACAUCUGAAAAUUUAACUGAGGGAAUAAAACUAAGAGCCUCAAAAACAGUUUCAAAUGGAACAGCUAAACCUACUUCUGAUAAUUUCGAUGAAGAUUUGAAGUGGGUGGAAGAAAACAUUCCCUCUUCAUUCACAGAUGUAGCUCUCCCAGUGUUGGUGGACUCAGAUGAGGAAAUUAUGACCAGAUCUGAAAUAGCUGAAAAAAUGUUCUCUUCAGAAAAGAUAAUGUGAUCGGGGUCCCAGUGGGUCCCGUGUGUGUGGCGCAUGGUCAAGUGAUGGGAAAAGCCUGGCUCUCGUCAGCUGACAGCUUCGCUAUGAUAGCGCUCCUCACUAUGAUGCAUCUUCCACUUUGUUGUCUUAGAGAUCUAUGUAUGCAGAUGAAGAAUCAGGUGUGGGAGGGCCUGCGGCCCUCAAAAAGCCAUCUUUAAAACUGACUCAUAAAGUGAGUUUUGUUGCCAUUAAGUUGCCUGAUUUGGACACAAUUUAAGAAGUGUUAACAACAUGUGUUCAGAUGCCUCUUAGGUGCCAGCCAUAGGCAUGCCAGGUUGUGUGUCUCAGUUUUCUCUGGACAAAAGAAUCUGUAGCUGGCGGUGGCAACAACUCUACUGGCAGUCAGCACCCUACUGGAUCUCCGUAAAUUCAAGGCCAACCCUGGUCUGCAUAGUUCUGGGACAACCAGAGAGAGCUGCAUAGUGAGAUCCUGCCUCAAAAAACAAACAAAAACCAAAAAGAAAAGAGAAGAAUCUCUGUGAACAUUCCUUCCCUUCGUCUUUGAGAUAACAUGAUUCUCCUGAAUGCUAACACAGCGGUGUUCAUUUUUUGUAGUGAUAAUUUUAUUCGAUUUUUUUUUAUACUGAAGUGACAAUAUUGGAACUCGAGCAUGUUCAUAUAUUUAAUCUUGCUCCUUUCAUUGGUGUACACAAAGCUCUUGUUUGUAAAUACCACCAUGCACUGCGCCUCACGGCGUCUGAGCUCGGGAACAUGUGUGGGCAAAGAGAGAUGUCUUGAGGGUAUGUCCAAAGACUUGCAGGCCACAGGUACACAGUGCUGCUGCUACUCCUGCUGUGAACCUGGCCACCUGACUCCCCUCCAGCACUUUAUCCCAGCCCGGGGUGCACUGGUUCUUGUGAGCCUUGUGGAGACUUGUGAAAUACCAGUUGGUUACACAGACAUAACCAUACCAUGCAUCAACGUGUAAUUACUCAGCUCUCAACCAUGUUUUACACCCUCUUGUUAAAUUAUGUUUGUAAUGUAUGACUGAAAGUUUCUAUUCUAAUAUUUUUUGAAUAUAGAAUGUUCUAGACUUGAAAGGCACUUGAAUGUAGAGUGAUGAAAAUGUGACGGUUUUGCCACUUUCAUGACCAAAGAUACCAGGCUGUUGGACAUGUAAUGUGGUAAUGACAGGCAGGGUCUUGUAUGCCUUCUCUCUGGAGGACUUCUGGCCUUGUGAGUUAGAAUAACUUGGGAUAAUUGAGAAAAAUGAAAAUGAAAAGGAGCACUCACUAUCCAUCGCCUGUGAUGAUUUUCACUGUGGCACCACAAAACAACCCUUUUUCUUUGAAAUGCCUACUUUCUGAGUUCAUUUCCUGCGCACACGUUUCAAAACGGUUGGUAGAGGCAUAGUUCUAUGGUUGUGUGUCCAUUUUAGUUUUGUCAUAGUCCACCUUCUAAUCCAGUUCUUUGAAAACUGGGUGUCUUUUGAGGCGGGGAAGGAGCAUUGCAGGGUGUCACUGUAUAGCUCAGGCUGAAAUUGGACUUGUGAACGGACCUCUUGCUAAGGUUAUAGGCAUGCACCACCAUGGCCUACUUCACAUUUAUUUUUAAUACCCUGCCCUCACAGUAUGAAGCAGCUGACUCUCAACCCACAUGCCUGCACUUGAGUAUUUCUGCUUAUAGUCAGCAGGAACUCACAUUGAGCAGGGUGUGAGUCUGCAGCUGAUGGCUGGGGAAAUGCUUCUGACACCACCUCAGUGGUAUUUCUAAAAAAUAGGAAAGACAAAUGAUGCUGCCUCUGGUGUAGCUUCAGAUGGAAAUGAACUUUCUUUCUCAUCCAGAGAAAGUGGACUUCCAUCUUAACCUCCUUAGAAGUGUUUUUGCAAGCACGUGCGUGGUGUCCGUUGCAUUUACUGAUAACUGUGCCAGGUGCUAAUGUUCAGUGCCCUAAGAUGAGUAUUUCUUGGGGCCCUUCCUAGCCCCAGCAUGUGUUCCUAUGCUGUUACUGAGGAUCAGAAGGACACGAGGUGCACCCAGGACCACCAUGCAGCUCCUCAGCCUCUUUCCCCGUCUGCCUCAAGUCUGCAGACAACAUUGGGACUUUCCAGGUGCUCAGCUCAGUUUCUGUUCAGGAUGCGGUUGGAUGGGCCUGUCUUUUAAUUGAGAGCACUAAGGGUAAGGCUCCAGGUGUGUUCAAGACCUCUGGUUAUACAAUUCAUGUUAGAUUUGGAGGCAUAUGAAGUUUGCUUGAGACAUUCUUUCAUGAUUUGAAUUAGGUUAAUAUUUAAAAAUCUGCCUUCAGGGGUAUUUAUUACAUUUCAAUAAGAAACGGGAGGUGGAAAUUGUAAGCUUGGGAGAUGGUAGGAUACUCCCCUGCGUUUCCUGUUGUUUGUUUGUUUGUUUUUUGGGUUUUGUUUGUGUUUUCCUGUCCUGUGGAGAGUGCCACCAGUAUCACAGUCCAUCAUGUUUAUACUACUACGAUAAUGUCAAGAUUAAGCUUAGAGUACACAUACAGAGUUGAUUUUUAUACCCUCUUGAAGGUUUGGAGCUAUUGCCCUGGCUGUAUAUGACUGAAGCUGAGAGAGAUCAUGUUACGUUUGUCUCUUGUUCUGAUAUUUGUGUCUUCGUAUGAUUGACAGCAUGCAGUAAGCAAUAUAAAACACCAAGCCUUACAUCUAUCAGAAAGAAGUUUAAUAUAUAAAGUUCUGAACAUAUAAAUGUGUAUAAGUGACAAAACUAGAUUUUUAAGAAGUGUAUACUAUAGGGCAGAAACUCAAUACUGUAUUCAGAAUCUUCGUUAGCAUUAGGAAAACAUUCAUUUCCCUGGGGAGAAAAUUUAGAGGUUAAAAAUAGAUUCUCUAUUUUAAAAAAGUUAAAUUAUAAUUUGAGAGAAAUUUCUUUGAAUAUAGAACACAGCAAUUAAAAGGACUUUUGUUUGAAAUUUUGUAUUUUUGUGCCUUAAUAUUUGUUUUUUUAAUAAAUUGCUUUCUGACAUUUG